AUGGAUAACACGGUAGGCUCAAACCUUCGAUGCAGUUAGUGUUAUUUUCGAUAUUAAACUUUUCUCUUGAUCAGCACUUUAUUAUCGCCACCAGAUUUGAAUGAGAAUAUUUUUACUGCUUCGAUAUUCCAUUGAAUGUUCACAAAGUCGAUGAUAGUUUGCAUGUAACUGGUUUAUAUACAAUACCUAUGAUAAAUCGGAAUAACAUCACGUUUAUUGCAUUCGCCGACACUAGUGUAACAGUAUUGAUCCACUGGCUUCAACUCGGCGCUUUUACUUAUUGUGAUUUUUGUAUAUAAUUUUUUUUCAAGAAUCUUAAUUUUCUACGAACCUCUAUUCUCAUACCACAAAUAAAAAACUCUGAUUACUGUUAAUGCAACGAUUUUUUUUAUUAUUUCCUACUUCCCUUCACACUGUUUCAGCCAUUGCUUGGCAAUGUCACAUUGUUGCAAGGCUCACGGAGAUUUUUCUUCGCUGUGACUCCGAAAGAAACAUCUUUUUCAAAGCCUGGAGAUGUACCCGACUAUCUAAAUGAAGUAAGCACUCUUAGUUUAACUGUGCUAUAAUACUGAAUUGUUUUUACAUUGCAAAAAUAAUCAGUGAACCUGAGGGCAAUUGUUAAAGUGGAAUUUGGAAUAACAGAAAGCAAAAAUGAAUAAAGGGGAGAGCGGUUGAAGGAAAAGGCAGUGGAAAUUGCAGACAUAGAGCAAAGGUGGCGUAGUGAUGAGAGCACUCGCCUCCCACCAAUGUAGCCUUAAUUGAAAUCCCGUUCUUGAUCGAUAGAUUGAUUUUUGUUGAGUUUGUGUUUGGUUCUCUCCCUCAGUCAAUGCUCUGAGAGUUUUUUCUCCUGUUUUCCCCUCUCCUCAAAAACCAGCAUCCAAAUUCCAAUUCGACCAGGAAUCGGAUAGACGAAAAAACCACUUAUAGUGGAUGUGCUACCUCUAAAUCGUUAUUAUUUAUUUUAUUCAUAUUCACACCCUAUAUUUUUUGUCGAUCCCCUCUAACCAAAGAAAGUGUUGAAGUGAAUAUAGUAACUGGACAGAAGAAAUUUGAUACAGUCAGGCCAUUUCCCUAAUCACGCUCUUGUUGUGUAUCUAAUGUUCAUUUUGUCUUUAGGCUGUCCCAUUUUUCUUGGGUGCCAUAGCGCUUGAGUACAUUUUAGCUUUCCUUGCUGAUCUUCCAAGAGCAAGGUUAAAUGAUGCAUUCAGUUCAGUGUCUGCUAGGGUUUACUCUCAGUUGUCCAGGUAAGUAAACAUUAAUCGAAUUUUGUGUCUAUAUGUGCAAAAUCAUUAAUAAUUACUUUAAUUUUUGAGUACCCUAAUGCAUCAAUCAAUUCCAGCUGCGCCCAGCCCCUAGGCUAUUGCGGGGAAUUGCCCGCCUUGUCUUUCCCCAGGGGUAGGACAUUAGCAAAUUUUCGCUGCCCGGGAAUCGGGCAUUUACCAACCCCGGGGCCACCCCCUAGCUUUUGACACGUACGUGGUUUCCUAUCCGAAUAUAACUACACAGAGGAUUUUACUGGAAAAAUAAGCAUAUUGGCUCAUCUGUCAAGGACAGAAAAAAAAUUGAGGAGGGUUGUAAAGGCAUGUUCUCGAUUUUAUGCAUGCAUUUCUUCAUUGCUUAUCAAGCCAGAAUUACUUAGCGAAAUUGGGAGCUAUGGACAUAAAUCAACGUUUUUUUGGUUAUUGAAUCAGAUUUCUGUUGAUUGUAUUUGAAGAACAUCCUUUUAUAAUUAUACAACGAGCGGAGCAGAGCGGAUAACUUUACAGAACACUAUUAAUUUUAAUGUCAAUAAUUUUAUAACAGUACUAAAACCAUAAACUGGUGUCGUUGCGGCGUGAAAACCUAAUCUGAAUAGCGUUAUUACAAAGGUAGACGUUAAUUAACACAAAAAAAUCGAACAUUGAAAUGCUUAAGAUGGCAUUACUCGACUGUUCGAUCAUUGAAAUUGUUGCAGUUUUGAUGGAGGACGGGGCAUUCGAAUUAAUUUUUCUUCCCCACUUAUUAUCUACAAUUGAUCUGAAUCUGAUUUAAUUUAUAACUUAUUACCAGAAAACAUGUUAGAGUAUACAGGAUGUCGUGUAAAAAUGUCUUUUCUUUCUGCUCUACAACCUUCGAGAAAUGUGAUUUUUUUUCCAGGAUAAUUGUGUUGAGUGCUGAGCUUGCUCUAUAUGUUUUUGUUUAUGAUAAUUUUCAUCUGGUGACUUUGCCUUGGGAUUCCCCAUGGACCUGGUACUUUUGUCUUUUUGGAGUGGAUUUUUUCUAUUACUGGUUCCAUAGGGCUGCUCAUGGUAGGUUUAUAAAUAUGUUGAUAAAAAAGCAAAUUAUAUAAUAUUAUUCACACCUUGUUUCAUCUGCCAUAACCAUUACAAUUUCCUCAAUUUUCAUUGGUGCAUUAACUGCUUUAUUUUUCACUAAUUAUUCUGUAGUGUUGUAAUCGAACAGUGUCAUACAGUUACAUUAGCCAAUCACAUUAAGUGCACUCAGCUAAAUCCACCAAUGACAGAAUUUAUUACAAUAACCAUAGCAAGAACCACUUACGCUACCAAACUGGUGAUUCUCCAAAAUUGAUGAAUUUGUAACAUUAGGCAGUUUCUCUGCCAGUGAUAUUUCCCUAGUUGUGGAUGAUUGAUAUUAAAAGCAGUUUCACAUUAAAAAAAUGCAUUUGUUUUCUCGGAAAUUGUAAUGGUUAUGAUCAACAAAGCAGACUCCCGCUACUUGGUCGUCCAAUUUUGUUAAUCAUUCGUAUGAUCAGACCGAAUUACAGACCGACCAAUUCGGUCUGUAAUGAUACGAAUGACUGAGGUAAAAUUUUAAUCAAUCACGAGUAUGAUUACAGACGGAAUUGGACAACACAAAGUACUGGUACCAAUUAAUCAUAACUGCAACGAAAAUUUUUGAUAUUUUAAGCUCUUUGAGACUGAAAUACAAGACAUUCUGAGAGUUCUAACUAGAAAUUAAUAAUAUAAUGAUAGUAAUAAUAGUAAAAAAACAUCAAGUGCACGCGCAAUGGCGCGUACUGUCCUAUCUGAAAAUGUCCUAAUAAUGCUGAAAUCAGGGCAGCUGAUAACCAAUCAGAUUUGAGAAUAAUGUUAAAGUUAUGAUUAAAGACCUAAUAGAACAUAAUCUGCCACAGAAAUCAACAUCCUGUGGGCAGCUCAUCAAGUGCAUCAUAGUUCAGAGGAUUACAACCUUACGACUGCUUUGCGACAAUCCGUUGUACAACAGUACAUAACUUCGGUAAGUCUUUUAUCAGGGGACAUUCGGGGGACGCAAGGAUGAAGUUAAAACUAGAGCACUGACCAGUCCACCUUUAAACUGACCCGGAUUAUUUUACAUCAUGUGUGAAUAAUGUAUAUAUUUGCAUUCGAGGUUACCACUGUCAUAUACGCCUUAUCGUUUCAUAACUUCUCCUCUCCUAGAUAAAUUUAGCUGCAAAGCCAGUGCACUGUACUGAAACAUGGCAAAUAAAAUGAUGAUGAUGAUGAUGAGAAUGAUGAGAAGACUAUAAAAGGCUGCUUUAUGCAUUAUUUCUGCUAAUGUGGAGCUAAAAUGUCUAGGCAAACAAAUUAACAGAGUAGACAUUAAUUUUAAUAUAGUUUGGUUGAACGUUCAAGCCAAAGUAUACUAAAAUUAAUGUCUACUCUGUUUUUCUGUUGGACGUACACAAAGCAACAUUUUGGAAACAAAUUUUAAAGGUGGAUAAUUUUCCCUUCGCUUGCAGAUUUUUUACGUGCCUUUGGCCUUAGCAGUCCCUCCAUCUAUUUUCUGGGUUCAUGUUCAGUUCAACCUUCUUUAUCAGUUCUGGAUUCACACAGAGAUUGUGCGAUGUCUUGGACCUCUUGAAUACAUCUUUAACACCCCAAGUCAUCAUCGGGUUCACCAUGGUAAUUUAAAACUUUGUCUGAUAGGUCAAAAAUUGCGUCCUUAAACUAAAUUUAUUAAUUUAACGGGCCGUUUCUGUAUAGAUCUGUAUUUUUUAUUGUUUGUUUGUUUGUUUGUUUAUUUUCUAGGAAGAAACCCGUACUGUAUUGACAAAAACUAUGGUAAGCGAGUUUGGGAACAGUGUAGGACCUUUGUCCUCACGUGGAGGAAACUCGAGACAAAAUCCAACAAUAUUUUAGACAACUCUUUCCAAAGUAACUCGCUUUAUCAAAACGCUGACUUCAUUUUCUUUUUUAUUGUCUUUGUGCUUUUGAAAUAUGUGAACUGUCAUCAAUAACAUGACGCUUUCUUGCUCCAGGAGGAACAUUCAUCAUCUGGGACAGAAUUUUUGGUACGUUGGCAGUUUUAUUGAAGUUCGAUUUGGGGCGGAACUCUUUAGCUUAAAGAAUGUAGCGUCGUUUCCAGUAACCUACCAGACGAGAUAGCUCCUCUUAGCCUGACUUUGUUUGCAAUCUUUAACAACUACCAACCAUUGAAUAUAUAGACUAAGUUAUCUUAUGUGAGUUCCCUGCUAGAAGAGGCAUCUUUUCCGUGGUAUAUGGCUGGCGGGACUCUCAGUCUCAUUUUCUACCGCCCACCGAAUAACAGGGAAAAGAGACCUCUGCCAGAGGGGAAAAUGGGGAGCCAAAUGAACCGCCAAAUAAUAGACUCAUGUACAGUCUUUGUGAGUCCCUGUCUCCUAAGUUCCAAGAGACAACACGGACAUUUAAUUCAAGAUGCACUCUGUAAAAGCGCGUACUUGGCUCGUCAAAACGAUGCCAGCUCCAACCUCGUUUUCAGGGUUUUCUCCUACCCGUAAGGAACCUGUAAAGCUUCCACAGUAAUAUUUUUUGUGCUAAAUUCAGGUACAUAUAUUUUAAUAGGAACAUUUCAGGCAGAAACCAGUGAGAAAAUAGCCUAUGGCCUGGUUCAUCCACUCGCCAGUUGGGAUCCUAUUUGGACACAGGUUAGAAUCAAUAGAUUCCCCCCCCCCCCCCCCCCCCCCCCCCCCCCCCCCUUUUUUUUUUAAAAAAAAAAAAAAACCAAAAAAAAACAAUUAUCCCCCACCCCCUCCCCCCCCUCUCUUUUUUUAAAAAUUUUUUUUGGGCCCCCGCGGUUUCAAAAACAAAGUGAAUUUUUUUUUUUUUUUCUCCAAAAAAAUAAUAAAGCGUGGUUUUUUUUUUUUUUUUUUUUUUUUUUCCUUUCUCCUCUCAGCGAUUUUUUUUUUUUAAAAAAUUCCCCCCCCCCCCCCCGCCUGCCAUGACCUUAUUUUCAGUUAAAAAAAAGUAACCGUUUAAACGAAGUUAUCCUUCACAGCUUUGCCACUUCUCUCAUAUUUGGAAAACUUUUUGGGAGACCUCAGGAGUUUCGAACAAGGUAAAUCUGAUUUUUUUUGCCUCACAAUCAAUAAUAUAGCCUGGACUCUUUUUUUUCGCUGUGUGUUCAUCACAUUCCUCUGAACGGACUUCUUUUCUGUUCACAACAUUUUUCCUUUUGAUUUGACUGAUUAAUAAAUGGUAAUCAAAUUUUUUAAUACUGAUUAAAAUGUUUGGAAAAGACAUACCUAUGACGUAUCAUAUUACUUUGCGCAAGACAUUAAAUUUAGGUGGGUAAGGCGGAGUUGGAUGUGCGAAGAGAAACCAUGAUCUCAAGCACUCUUUUAUGGUCUUGUAUGCUAACCCUAGAUAACUAGGCAGCGAGGUGAACAUGUUAGACAUUUAUCGUAUGACAUGACACUAUAAAAGCCCACCUAAGCGCGACAAUCAGACACGUCUUCAUUCCUAUUGCUUCACCACAACGGAAGAAAAGGAAGAAGAGAUGUCGGUCCGUGCUAAUGAACCGAUUGUAGAGACUUAUCUUGUCCCCUAAAUAAAAAAUUACGGUGAAGCGCGAGAAAUGCAUGUCACGAAUAAGAGUCGAAUAAAUCGUAAGGAAGAAUAGGGGAAUACGACAGUUAGUGCGUCAAAUUAUAACCAGGAUUAAUAAGAUCACAACUGCCAAAUUCUUGGUUCGAUAUCCUUUCCCCGUUCUUACUUUGUUUUUUGCUAAAACACAUCUUGAUUCAUUUUGCCGCCUUUUUAGUUGUCUGUAAUAUGCAAAGGUCCCGGAUGGACUCCAGGUAGCCCUCGUUUGGGUGAUCCAGCAGAUCUACCAGAGGUAACAAAGCAGUCAUUUGGCUUGUUUGGUAUCUGGUUAUUUAAUACACUUUUACGACCAUUUUUUUUCGCUGCUUUAUACCUUAGAUUGAAUAUCCCAUUCAGAAAUACGACAAUUCAUUAUCAUUCUGUGGUACCAUGUACGUCCUUGUACACUUUGCUGCCGCCAUUGUUGCUUAUCAGCUUCUGAUAGCCCGGAAAAUGGUAAGUUUAAUUUUUAUUUUUGUUACAAUAAUACCACCAGCUGAUACAAGCAGGCUAUAAUUACUGCAACUUCUUUAGGCACAAAUGAGAAACCCAGAUUUUUUUUUGUUGGUAAUACAAAUGUACUGUGGAUUUUCAAUUUGUUUUGAGAAGUGCCAGUGACAGGAGAACUGAUGCUGUGUUUUCUAUCUUAGGAGAUGACCCAACUUCAUGUUCUUGGAGUAAUCUCGUACUUUCUGUACACUAUCUCAAGUUUUGGAGCUCUUUUUGAUAACAAGUAGGUGUAAAACAAAGAUUAGAUUUUCCAUAUAUUUGUCUGUAAUCUUUCCCGGGACUUUCGGGUCCGGACAAUAUGCGAGCCAGCGAGCUAUGGGAGCCAUAGGAAAAAAUAGAGUUUUAUGAAAAGUGUAAAUGCAUGAAAAAUGUUUCCUGCUUAGUUCCAUGGUUUUGCUGAUGGAAUAUUUGCAGAAUUACGCAGUAUUGAUCGACUUUCACUGAUUAGGGUUAAGUGCUCAUUUUACUGACUAGGGUUAAACACUUGCUUUACGGAUAUUUAGCGUUCAGCGCUGUUAAUUGUUUAAAAAACGAUGUAAAAGUACUCAAAUUGCGCAGACAACCACACCAGAUAACAAUAUUUACACUUUGUUGAUAGCCUUUAUCGCUUUUAGUUCAUUUAUUUCAUCUAAGUUUCAUUUCCCAAACAAACUCUUCAUUUCCCAUACAAACUCUCAUAAUACACUUGGGCCACCUGUGAUCAAAUGAUGUCAUCUUCUGCAUGAAAAAGAAACCAUUCCUCAACGGGAUUCAACUUUUUUCCGUUUCACCUGUUGUGAUCUUUAGGUGGUAUGCACAAUACAUGGAGUUAUUUCGCUGCCUUCUAUUCCUGAUUGUUGAUCUUUUUCUGUCAUCACAGAAUCUCGACACUGGAGGUAAGCUGUAAACGUGUAUGUCGUUCUUUUGGUCUGUGAGACUUACAGCGAUACCCCCCUCAUAAUGUCAAAGAAUAAACUGCUCGCUUUUUCCAGUGAUUUUGUUACAAAUAGUUAUGGUGAGUCCUGGGACUCAUCUUGUGAAAAAUCAUGAUUCGCGGUCCCGAACUAAUGAGUUCUAGUUGGGAAAAAGAAAAAAAAAAGAGUCCGAAAUUGAAAAUGCUUGGGCCUUUGUGUAACCAGACAGUUAAUCUGAAGACAGACUCCAAAACUCUGUACUACAGAAUACUGAAAUUAAAAUAUAGUCGUUCUAGUUAAAGCACAACCAAGGCUAAAAGAAAUAUGCAUCGUUGAACAACAGCCAUAAUUACUGCCACGGAAAUUACACGAACGGGAUAUUUCUCUGCGGAACGCAAGCCAUGAAUCAUUUUGCGUCAUUGGGGAUUUCUAUGCGUCAGGGACGCAAGAUGCAGAGGUAACAAAAUCACUGUUUUUCUACUAUCUUUCUUCGACGAUUUCUUUUGUCCGUUGUUUUCGCCCGUUCCUGAAGAAUUUUGUAGCGCCAUUUGCCCGCUCAAACUCCGAGUGACUGCUCCUGAGUCUCUUCGAGAAUGUUCAUUGUUUAAGUAUUUCAUAAUUUUGCUUGCUGAUCUCUUGAAAUAAGCUGCAAAAUUUCGGCAGUCUUCCAUUAUAUUUAGGAACCAAAUCACGCUAACAAUUUCUACCGUAAUUUUAAACACAAGCGCUGUAAACUCCUUACACAGGUUUUUUAAACACACGUACAUCAGUGUAAGUUUGAAAAGGAAAAACACAAAAUCUUUUAAUGAUUUUUAUGUUUUCAGUACUUCCUAGUAAAUACAUUGGUAUGAUCAGAGGCAUUUUCAUUGCGUCUGCUCUUUUCUGGAUAACUGGAUCAUUUAUGUCCACGAAAAAUACCAAGACUGAGUAA